AUGCCUCCAACCCGGCAUAAAGCAUUCAUCAACGUGGACAUGGGCGAGGCCUAUGGCAAUUAUGUUUGCGGCCCAGAUGAAGAGUUACUCCCCAUGAUUGAUCACGCAAAUGUGGCUUGCGGAUUUCAUGCCGGCGAUCCCCUCAUUAUGAAGCAGACCGUCGCUCUGUGCAAGGCUCACAAUGUCAAAAUUGGUGCACACCCGGGACUCCCAGACGUUCAAGGCUUUGGUCGACGUGAGAUGAAGCUUACUCCCGAAGAGCACACGGCCAACAUCAUCUACCAAGUCGGCGCUCUGCAAGGAUUCCUCACCGCAGAGGGCGUCGAGAUGCACCACGUCAAGCCUCAUGGAGUCUUGUAUGGUAUGAUGCUACGAGAUCUCGAGGUGGCACGUGCUGUUUGGGCAGGCGUGCCCAAGGGUAUGCGCGUCUUUGGUCUCGCCGGUACGCACAUGGAAACCGCGGCGUUGGAGGCGGGGCUCGAGUUUUGGGCGGAAUAUUAUGGUGAUGUAAAGUAUCGCGCAGAUGGAACACUUAUUGUCGAUCGCAAGAAGAAGCCUUGGUUGAUUGACGAUGUCAAGGAGCACGUCAGGAGCCAAGUUGAGCAAAGCAAGGUCAAGGCUGUCACCGGGGAGAUGAUAGACCUACCGGUCAAGGAAUAUCCCACCAGCACAUGCUGUCAUUCUGACUCGCCUGGCUGUGUCGAGAUAGUAAAGGCCACCCGAGAGAUUGUCGACUCUUUCAACGCUGCACGGGGUCUCUAA